GACGCCGUAUCAACAACCCCCAUCCGAGUUUAAUCCCCAAACUAUCUGGGAGAGAGUUCUAAGAUUUAUCAGUUGUUUGAGUGAUAAUUAGGGCGUUUUAAAUGAUGUUUCUCACUAAUAUGGCGAGAUGACAGGAUUAUCAGAGAUAACCACAAACAUUUGAAUGCCAGCAGAGAGAAAUUACGCUAACUAUUACGAUGUCAGGCAAGGGAGCAGACACCAAUCUUCAUGCUGGGGAAGUCGACCCCACCCUGGUGGCAAAUGCUACAGCCAAUCGCAUGGCAGCUCAGUUCUUUGAAAAGUAUGACCGCUUUGAGGUGCAAGAAAUGCUGGCUCAGACUUCAUAUCACUGGUUCUUAUCUCAGGAUGAGCACAAGCUACAAGCAGAGCCACCCGAUGGUAUCAUCAUGUCAAGUAAACCCUUCCUUAAUAACAACUGCUUGAUUCUAAUGCCCUUUGACCCAACGGUGGAACCUAUCGACUUUCGACUCAUUCAUCAGAUCCUUAGAGAACUUGUUAUGGGCAUUUACGGCCUUAAUCAGGUACCUUCAAUAACCCUAGAAGCUAACUUUGAUCAGAGUACCUCCUGCCAGUUACCGCCGGCCUACAACGAUACGUACGUCGGCCAGCUCCUCACCAACGUGGACUACAUGAUGAAAGCGUUGUGGCACGGGGCCUACUUCCCCAGAGAUAAACGCACCAAGUUUUCCGAGCGCUGGCGCUCAAGCCUCGACGUCAAUGCAGAAGGGGUACCGGAAUCUAAGAAGAUCGUCCUUACCGAGUUUACCUUGGCAGGAAUGAUUGAUGUCACCAAAGAUCCUGACUACGCGACCAUCUAUGACAACAUGAGGCUCUUCCCAAUGAGCAAGCAUGACGCUAACAUUGACAAACGUCUCUUCAUGCAGUACGUCAACAACAUGUCGGUACAGUUGACGUGGAGACAGAAGACUAUCCAGCAGCACAAUAACUUGUUUGUGAUUGACGCAGCUUAUGAGGUUUCCGGAGUCUUGAGGCUUCACGAGGACAGGACUGACCGUGAUAUAUACGAGAGACUGCAGACAAGAUUACAGGCCCAUGUUGAUGUAAUCGAGAAACAUUUGUGCAACAAGGCAGAGGUACGACGUCAGAUGUCUCUCUUAAGAGUGAUCAGUUUCCUGGUUCCAUUCUUGAUGGGACUACGAAGAAAGAACAAAGUCCCAGACAUGUCCAGACUUCUACCUCAACUUACAGCUGAUGAAUGCAAGACAGAAAGGGAACUCCCACCCUUGAUGCUGUCCCCGGAGUUCCGCUGCCCAAACUUUGACUUUGGUAACAAGUAUUUCCACCUCCACGGAGGCAUCCAGAUCGACAUCGAAGGCGAUGACGUGGUUCUCGACCCCCCUGAGGUCAUCCUCAACCACUACAACAAGAUCCAGUUGGAGGCCACGGAGAGACUGGCGAAGCUCACGGAACCUGACACGUUCCAGGAGUCUUAUCCUAUGGUUGUCAUUGAGCUUGGAGGAAAGAAAUACUACGCAUUCUCCAUGGACCUUGAGACCUACUACCCUGUGUCUCCGCCACGCCCCCUUUGGUGUCAUUCAUUCUACGAGAAGAUCAAGGAUUUAAAACCCAAGCGAUUACCCUUGACUGAUAUCCACAUGCACGAACAAUUCAAGCGGAGAUACGGAUACCACCAAGCCAUCAAGUUUAAGUCCUUACAAGCUGGUCUCAGGCAAGCGGCUAUCAGAGGCCUAGUCUCUGUAUUCCAGACCCUCGCUCGUAAAUGUCCCGCAUCUCGUCUUGGCAACCAAGACGAGGAUGGCUACUCCCUGGUCCACUACGCUGCCCUUCACAACCGCGCUCAGAUCCUUCAACUGCUCAUGAUACAAGGCCAAGAUAUCAGUGUAAGAAGGCAUCAUCUCACUACACAAGUCGGGAGAAGGCGAAUCCGUGGGGGCACCACUCCCCUUCAUCUUGCAGCUAAGAGUGGAAGCUUGGAUGCUGCCCUUUUGAUGGUGAGUAACCAUGGCGAUAUGGUGAGUGCUGACAAUGCUGGCUGGGCAGCGAUACACCAUGCAUCCUUCUACAACCACGCUCCCAUCGUUCGGAUGUUCAUCAGGAAGUUUGAAGAUCAGAUGGAACUGGAAACGUGGGAUAAGUUGCGACAGACCCCACUGCUCCUAGCUGCCAGCAGCGGGGCCCUAGAAUCGGUCAAGAUUCUGAUAGAGCUAGGUGCGAAGAUCCUUAAGACGGAUAUGGAGAAGAACAACAUGGUCCACCUGGCUGCUCUAAGGUUCCACACCUAUGUCCUAGAGUUCUUCAUUGAAUGGAAUCACAAGGAUGCACCGGUCUGGAAGACUCUCGUUGAGAUGUUGAAUUCAACAGACUUCCGGAAGAAAGACAGUGCUGUUCGAUCUCUAGAGGUACUUACAACUUCUGGUAAACAUCACUGGAAGGCUAUAUUGGAAGCUAAUGGCAUCCCAGCCUUGGUGAAGAUCCUUCAGAUGAAAUCCCCCGAGAUGCAGUCCCUUGGAGCUGCAGUCCUGUGCAAUAUGUCCUGCAACGAACCAAUCUGCCAUGCCAUCGCCAAAGCAGGGGGAAUCCCCACCCUCAUCAAGCUCCUGGCCUCCAACCGAGACGACAUCCAGUCCCGGACGGCCAUCAUCGUAGCCGACAUGGGCGCCUACGACGACCACCAGACGGAGUUCAGUCGGGAGGGCGGCAUCCCGCCCCUCAUCCAUCUCCUGGAUUCGGAACUCGAGGACGUCCUCAAGCAAGCAGUCAACGCUGUCAGGGUACUCUGUCUCGAUCAUCACGAGAAUCAGACAUUGGUGUCCAAGCAUGGUGGAAUUGCGCCUUUGGUGGAGUUUCUUACAGUCAAUUCUGAUGAACUGAAGGAGGCUUCGGCUGCUGCCCUCGCUGCCCUCACUUACGGUCACCAUGACAACCAGAAUGCGGUCAUCGCGGAGGGAGCGGUCGAGCCGCUGGUCAAGCUCAUCAAGUGUCAUAACAUCAAGGUGCAGGUCAAAGCCGCUGCGGCCUUAGAGUCUCUCGGUGAGAGCAAUCCCGACUCUCAGAGGGCCAUACUUGAUCUACACGCUCCAGGAGCUCUCAUCAAACUUCUAACGUUCUGGGCUUUAGAUGUGAAGGAGCAGGCUGCUUGCUCCUUGUGGGCUUUGGCAGGAAGCACAAGGAGACAACAGAAGGAGAUAGCUCAAUACAUUGGUAUCAGCGGUAUCAUCGAUCUUAUCGUCAAGUCAGAAAGAUUGCAAUAUGUGGCCUGCAAGGCAAUGAUAGCAUUGACGAGAGAAAGUUUUGAUAAUCAGAACGAAAUCAAGAAGGAAAAUGGAAUUCUGCCCCUGGUUCGUAUCUUACGCUCCUCUAAAACGAUAGAAAGGGUUCUCAUGACGGUCAUCAAGGCUCUUGGGACACUCUGUAUAGGUGUGGCCAAUCGGAACAACCCUGUCACCCAAAACAAGAUCGCUGAGGAGGGGGCCAUCGGUACCCUCGUGGGUAUCCUGCGCUCCUCCUCAAACCCUCACAUCAAGGUGGAGAUCGCCGUCACCCUCGGGGCUAUCAUCCUCGGUAACCGUAGCAACCAGAAGCUUCUCGAAGAGGAACCAAUGUUCAGCAUCCAUCUGCUGCUUCAGCUAAUGAAUGAAAAGGAUGAGAGUGUUCGUCUGAAAGCGGGAACAGCCCUGUCCACCUUUGCCUUCAACAACACCAGCCAGCAGUACAACAUACGGGAAGCAGGAGGGAUCAGGAUGUCAAACUUCCAGAGAUUCUUAGAGUCUGAGGAUGACAGCCAUCAAGCCCAUGCUGCCUUUCAGAUUGUGGUUCUGGCUCGUGUAAUCGUAGACAGGGAUCAAGUAUCAUUGUCAGCUGAAGGAGUAACAAGGCUGGUAGGAUUACUAAAGUCUGAGAAUCAAAACACUGUUAUUCUUGCAGGGAGCCUCCUUGCCAGUCUUGCCCACACCAGGGCAGGUAUACCCGAUGCCAUGAUCACAUCCGGUGCUGUCGAUAUCCUCAUCUACCACCUCAACUCCGACAACAUCGAAGUCCGCAGCUCCUCUGCAGUGGCCCUUGGCUAUCUGACCUUCAACAGGACGGCGACACGGCUUCUGUUGAUCGCCACCAGAAACACACCAGGUCUCUUCCAGAAGCUGAUGGACAACCUGGAUAAAGAUGGCAAGAUCUCAGAAGACUUCACCGAGGAGUUCAGGAGACAACAGGUUGUUGGACUACCAGCUCUAAGCUUGGAGAAGCAUGGAGGACCUUUAGCUGUACCCCCACCAAGACCAAGAGGCUCGAGCAGGCAACAGAGUCGACCAAACACAACCAUGGGUUUCAACAGCCGUCCCACCACAGCAGCUUCCUCCAAAUCGGGUAAACCGCCCCCAAGGUCAACAUCAGCACCGGUCCGCUCCCGUCAGGUCCGUACUCCAAAGGUCAUCACCCCAAAGGCCAUCGCCCAGGGCAACGGACGCAGGGUCAAGAUAGAGGAGGGAAACUUGACGCCGGCAAAGUCGACAAAUACAAAAGUAGCUUGGGACUAAGUGGAAGGAGAAGAAUUCUCCCCUUGUUUCUUGAAGUCAUUUGUGUGUCUUCAUUUCAAUUUGUCUCUAAAUCUGCAUGUAUUGUAUUCAAUGUAUUGAAUCCAAAAAGCACAUUUGGUAAAACUGGUUAACGAUACGUUUUACUAUGCAUUGUUUAUGCAGUGUAAUGCCCAUUUAUACUUGUUUUGCCUUAUUGUAUUGGUUUUUUUUUGCAAUUGCCUUGUGUGUGAACAAUUCUUAGUUAAUGCCAUGUUGAAGCAUUAAGAAUUAGUGCUCCAUGACACACGAUGGAUGAAAGAUCAUAUAAAAUGUACGGUCAAAUGCCCUUCAUGACAAUGAAUAACCAAGAAGUCUUUGACGAAAAUUUGUGAAUUGAAACGGCAGUUUCGUCCUGGACUGUGGACAAAUGAUAUAUUUGCAAUUUUUUGUCAUCUCCAAAACUUAGGACAAAACUGCUGUUCCGGUUCACCAAUUUUUGACAGAGACCUCCCAGCUGUUCUUUGUCAUUUGAUGGGCACUUUAAAUACACUUUUACUGUGUUCCUGAAUCCAUUGUGCAUCUCACAGCAAUAAUUUCCUAUUAAUUGACAUGUGAUGUCAGAGAGUAUUACAAACUUUUUUUUAAAUCCCGCUAUAGAGUAGUCUUAAGUAUUCAGCCAUUGGCUGGCUGGGGGCGUCAUGGUCUAGUCUCUCUUUCAAUCUGAGGGACGAGUGUUCGAUCCCAGCCAUGGCGUGUUUUCCUUCAGCAAGAAAUUAACCCACAUUGUGCUGCACUCAACCCAGGUGAGGUGGAUGGGUACCCGGUAGGAAGAAUUCCUUGAAUGCUCAAACGCCCGAUCAAGGUAACCGUGCUAAAGCCGGGAAUAAGAACAUCCCGGUAAUCAUGUUAAGCAGGGCCCGCUUGGAGAACAAUUUUCGGAACUGAAGUGGCUACCCUGGGUAAAAUAUGACAUUAUUAUUAUUGCUAUUAUUACUUUUAUUAUUAUUGGUUAGCACAUAAAGAAGAGAUCCAUCCUAUUGUGUAUUUAUAUAUCUAGGGGAACAUCCCGUUUGUGCAAUGGAAUUUUAAGUAUAGUUUAGAAUUGUAUUAAAGAGGACAUAUUAAUUAGAUAAAAAUUAUAUAUUAUCAAGUAAAUGUGAUAGAAGAGAUGAAAGAAGGAAUUAUGAAUUGAAUAGUUUGAUGACUGACUAGUUAUCAUCAUUUUUCAGUAGUUUGUUAAUUCUACACAUAAAGUUUAUUGCCAUUAGGUUAUGAUAUCUAUUAGGCAUUUAUAUUUAGUUUAGAAAUAAUCUAUUCUGAAAGGUGUUGUAAAUAUGAUGCCAGCAAGAAUCUUGUAACAUUUGGUUGACAGGGUAGCAAUUAUUGAGCUAUAUUUUGAUAUUGAUAUAUUGGCUGGAAUUCACAAUGUUUAUUCCCCACCUUACUCAACCCAGCCAUGACUUUAUAAUUUGAACCAUAUGUAUACAUCUUUUCUUUCCGUGCACUCAUGGGGUCAUGCAUUUAUUUUGCAUUCGGGUCCUUACUCACAAGUGCUUUGUUGCUGUACAGUAAUUGCAUUGGUUUGUGCCUUAUAUUUGUUAUUUUUGCAUGCAGGAUUAGGUACAUGUAUGUAUUUUGAUUUUGAUAUGAGUCACAUUUAUCUUUUACCAUUCUUCAACUAAAUGUAGCCAUUGUUAUACUGAAAACAUGAAGUGUCUGAUCAGAGGUUCUGACCAGGGCCCUGCAAUACGAAGCCUAGCGAUUGAUCUUAGGCCUUAAUUUUAUGAUUGAUUGCAUAAUUGUUUAUGAUCAAUCAGAAGAAUUAGUUCUAUGAUGAACCUCUAAGCUUUACAUUACCUUGAACCUUAAAGAGUAAUCCCUUUCAGCAGCUUCAAAGCUAUCCCGGGAUAAAAACAUUCUGUUUAUCAGUGCGAGGUGCCAUGGUGAAGUAAUUUGAAAUUUCACUUUAUACAUUAAAAGUGAAUGUGCACCGUGCAAGUAAAAACUGCCUCUCGAUUUACAGCAUAAGAGACCCAACAGGAGGCUGCAUCGCGCGGAUGUAUGGCAGUGCGGCCUCUCUAAAUACAGCUGGGUUUGUUCCUAUUACAACAGGUCCUGGUAGGUGAUUCCAAAUUUUGACAGUACGUGAGAAGAGAACUUGUAUGCAUCAGUGGUUGCUUUCGGUAUAGCAUAUUUAAGCAUAUAUUUUAUAGCAUAUUACAGGGACAUUGAUGUGCUUUUGUAGGGACAUUGAUGUGCUUUGUAGCAUUCAGCUGAAUCUGAAUGGUCAGGUCAGCAACAUGUCGUUGAUGGACACAUCUGCGCGAACUUAUUGAAGAGAAUAGCGCACUGUGUGUGGAACGACUUUAUUGAAGCUGUUUUAGUAAUUGAUUUAAAUGUCUGCAGGGAAGGGCUGGUUAUAAUUGAGGAGGGGAAGUUAUUCCAGUCUUUUACAGUGUUAACAAAGAAAGAAUGUUGAAAAACUCUGGCCUUGUGGCGAACCUGGUGGAAUUUCUGGUAAUUCCCUCUAGUAGAUUUUGUAUUCCGUUGAACGAACUCAUUUAUUUGGAUAUUGACCUGACGGUUAUUCAUCUUAUACAGCAUGCAGCUAUCUCUUUGUGUUUCAAUUUAAAUCUUGAUCAUUUUGAUCAUUUGCGUGUGUUAAUUAUACGUAUAAGGGGCGAUGACCUUAUAUGUCACAUCUAAUGGAAAAUCGGAACACAGGUGUAGUGAUUCACUAACCCAGUGAUUCGUUAGACCAUAUCUGUACACUACAAAUAUCGCCAAGCUUUGACACAGAGCUUACACGGUGUAUUUGACAGAUUGAAAAUGAGAUCAUUUGGGGUUGUGUCAAGAAACUCGCUAUUGAUUGCAAAUAAAUUUUAGCUCUCAAAUCUAACAAGCUUAGUUUGCAAUUAGUUGGAAGUUUGCCAUUGAUAGCUGGUCUGCUUGUUGUGAUAGACUGCAUAAAAGGAAUUUGUGUGUGUACAUGUUGUCAUCAUUAAUCUAUAUCAGUUGUAAGCUACUUUUUACAACACCCCCCCUCCUAGCAACGGGUCAUUUUAGUAUAAGGUUAGUAAGUUUUUUAUGAGAGAUUUAAUUUGUUAUCAAGUUAUGACUUUCAUGUCGUUAAAUACAUGUAUGUAAUAUUAUUAUGUAAUGUUAUCAAAAUGUAAUAUUUCCAUUCAAGCUAUUGAAUUACAAUUACUUUGAACUGUCACACCUUGAUAAACUCCCAACUUUCAGGGGACUAAUUUUUUAUUCAAGUAUCCGUCCAAUGGUUUAAUAUAAAUGGAAGCAGCUUAUACGAAAUGUACUCAUGUAUAAUAUGAUGAUGAAAUCUUUGAUGUCAUAACUAUGAAUUAUGUUUGAUACAAUUUGUGCAUUCCGUAAUACACAUGCUCCCAAGGUUUGUGUUCAUGAGAGGUUUUCUUUUCCUUGGGGUUCAACAAUCAUUCCUACAUAGCACGUGUUGUGAGUCAGAAUAUAAAAAAAGAGGAAUAUUUUACUGAACAAUGAAUUCUAAAUUCAGGGAAUAUUACAAAUUAAUAAGUAGAACUACAAGCAACAUCCCAGGAAAAUUUAAGUGUUUAAAUAAGGUUUGUUAUUACUUUAAAAGAGACAGACUUUCAUUAAUACAUGUAUAUGGUGUUGAGUACACUUUGAGUACAAGGGGCGAUGUUACAAUAUGAAUGCAAAAUGUGCACAAGUAUCAUGAAAUGCACAAAUUGCAUAUGAUUGUAAUAUAAUGCAUAUGCGUGAAGAUAUAUUUGCCUUUACUGCCAUUAAAUAGAUUUUAUAAUUAAUGAAUAUCAUCUAAUUACUGUCUUGUAUUAAUGCUGUAUCAUAGUUCUAUCAGAAAUUCACUACAAUACAAAGAAAAUGUGUAAAUAUAUCUGCCUGCAAAGCAAGUAUUUCAUUUUUUAAACAUAUUGAUGGACAUAAUGUAAGUUUUUUUUUAUAAAUAUAUUUGUAUAUUACGGAAUAUGGAUUUUUUUUCUAUCACAGAUGAAAAUAAAACUUGAAUAAGCAA